AUGCUGUGGAAGUUUAGCUUUGCGUCGGGCUCGACGCUCGACACCCUCCUAUCCCGCGAGACGCCGCCAACGGUCGAGGAGCUGUUGGACGAGCAGGACAUUCUCGCCGAGUGCAAAGCGCAAAACAACAAGCUUGUGACAUACCUGAGCCGCGAGGAGAGCGUCAAGAGCCUCCUGUCGUGGAUUACCUCUGGCCUCGACGAGCUCGAUGCCCAGGCAGUGACGGCCGAGGAGGAGGCGUAUGCCCGCGCACUUGUCAGCCCCGACGCGUACCCUCCAUACGGCGCCAGCGCCGCACCGACACCACCCCCCGAGAAGGUCGACGACGAUGUCGAGGUCCCCGGACUGGGUAUCGGUCUCGGCGAGGGCCUUGGUGGACCCGAAGAGUCCGCGUCUUGCGAUGCGCAGCGGCAACGGUACCCCCAAGUGGCGACUGAGAUCCUCACGUCAGAGCUGUGGACGAUUCCCGAGACGGUCAUGAACCACAAGGAGACGCUGCUGCGACCGUUCUGGGACACUGUGCUGCCCCCCGUGGAUCCCAAGCGGGAGCACUCAACUCACGUCCGCACCGAGAGGGAACGCGCGUUGCUCCAGUUCUGGACGGACGCCGACGAGGAGCGCGAGCGCAAGUCCGAGGUGAUCCGUGGCAUGUGGAUGCGUGUCAACGCAAGUCUGCUGCAGAAGCGCACGACCGAGAUGGUCCGUUUUAUCCAGGCCAUGCCCAACGUUAUCGAGCGCAUGAUGGCAAAAAUCGAGUCUCCCGCAGUGCAGGACAUGCUGGCGCGCAUUAUCCAGACUGAGGAAUCCGUGUCCGACGUCAUGAGCUGGCUCGAGUCGCAGCAGCUCAUCCCGCGCCUCCUCGCGCUCCUCUCGCCUGACUACCCUCCUUCGACCCACGCGAUUGCCGCCGACCUCCUCAAGGGGAUCAUUUCAGUCUCGGCGCCAAACUCGAGCUUCAACCCCCAGGGUGGCAAUGCCAUGGACCAGCAGGCUGGCGGCGGCUCGGGCCACAAGGACAACCGUCUCGUGCGCCAGCUGACCAACCGCCGGAGCAUCACCACGCUCGUCGGUUACAUGCUCGACGCGGCCAAGCUCACCGACCGCGACUGGAAGGGAAUUUCAACGGAGGGAGCCGGUACCCACCGCUCGGACCCAUUCGUCAUCCACCCUCUGCCAUCAGUAGCCAGUGCCACCUCGUCGCUGUGCUAUGUGUGCAACGUGAUUGUCGAGGUGAUUCGCCGCAACAACUCGGACCUCGCCGAGCCCUAUCUGUUCAACACGAUGCGCAACCGUCUCAUGGCUAUUCAGAGCGAUACCAUGCGCGGUGUUGAUGUCGCACCCGACGAGGACGUACCAGAUUCCGAUGGCGAGGCGAGCAGGAAAAAGAUGGAGGAGGUCCUGCCCGAGCUCACCGACAGGCUCGCUAUUGUCCACCUGGGUAACCUCGUUGCUGCCAUCUCGGAGCGCUUUGGCGAGCUCAACAAGCUCCUCACCGAGCCGCGCAGCCAGGACCGGGUGUGUUCGGCGCUCACACCCGCGCCCCUCACCAUGGAGCGUUUCCGCGUCAUUGAGCUGUAUGCCGAGCUCCUCCACUCGUCAAACAUGGCAACCUUGAACCGCGUUCCCGGCACUGGACCCGAGUACAGCGAUAGCGGGGCCCUGGCUGGCGGUCUUGACGGUCUUGACAGGCUGGGACAGGCGCUGCAGGCCGGAGAGGCCGGUGAGGAGUCUCCAGACAAGGACUUGCCCGAGAUCCAGGUCGCGGACGCACGCCAGCUCCCCGUGUCGUCGGGUAGCACAGACUACUCGCUCGAGAGCGACGAUGUGCCACUGUCAGACGACGAGGACACGCCAUCCCCGACGUCUCCUCAGGCACAGCCUGUCACGGCUAUGGCUACCACCUCGACACCGGCGCUCGAGGUCACUGUGCCCCCUCCUCCUUCCCUCGAGGACGCCGAGCGCCUGCGUGACGUCAUGUGCAUCGAGAGCGGUGAGCCUACCGCGCCCAGCGACACUACCAGCCACGUUGCCGUGGCGGCCACCACUGCCGCGCCGUCAGUCGCCGACGACGACAUCGAGACUGCCGCCAAGCCUGCCUCGUCGGACGAGGCUCUCUCCACCGGCGAGUGCCUCAAGCAGCAGCUGAUCAAAUUCUCUGUCCUGCCUACACUCCUCGACCUGUUCUUUGAGCAUGCCAACAACAACUUCCUUCACCACCUCGUGUACGACAUUCUGCAGCAGAUCCUCAACGGCAACCUGGGUCGCGGAUACAACCGCGAGCUCAUCAUCGACCUGUUCUCAAAGGCCGAGCUCGUCGACCGGGUCCUCGCUGCCCAAAAGCUCAACGACACCUUUGUUGCUUCAGUCCCGCGCAAGCCUCGUCUCUCGUACAUGGGUCACAUUAGCCUGAUAGCCGAGGAGCUUGUCAAGUUCUUUACCCGCUGUCCCGCCGACCUCAAGGAGCUCAUCAAGGGCUCGUACCCCGAGGAGUCUUGGGCAGCGUUUGUCAACGGAUCCCUGAGUGAGACUCGUGCGCGUGACUCGCAGCCGCUCGCUGGCGGUAAGCCACUCCCUGGUCUCGGCAGCGGCAUGACGUCUACGAGCGAGAGGAGCGACUCGGAGAGUGACGACGACGACGACUCGCCUGCCGCUACCAUUGGCGAGCCUCUCAGCCGCACGACGGCCAAGCAGGCGGACAGCUACCGCGACGCGGACAAUGACGACGAUGCUGGAAUGGAGCAGUUCUGGCGUCCCAGCAACGUUCGUUCGGGAGCCAUGGACUCGUCGGAUGACGAUGACGACGAUGCCGACUGGCUCCGCCCCGCGGCUUCGCGCGAGAGGACCGGCGAGGAGGACGACUUUGGCGCGUUCCAGUCCACGGCGUCCAGGGGCGACGACUUUGACGACGACGACGCAUGGGGUGCGUUCACCUCGGUUAGCACCGGCGACUCGGGCGAGAACCCCUUCGGUGACGCCUUUGCGCCCUCAUCCUCGUCUGUCACAGUGGACUCGUUCCGUUCCGCUGAACCCCUCACCCCGCGUGACUGGGCCGAGGCGUUUGACCGCGAGUUUGAGUCGUCCGAGCCCCAGCCUUGGGCCGAGGACGCCGAGGAGCUGCCCGCCAUUGUCGUCCCCGAAGGCGACGACAGCGACCAGGCCGAUGUGGUCGGCACACCGACGAGCUCGUGGUCCUUCCCCGGCGACGAGAGCGAUGACCUGGGUGAGGACCUGCCACCGACCAGCGCAGACAUGGAUGCCGUGGCCACGCGCGCCGCGGCUCUGACCCUGGAGUCUACUACUGCCACCACAACGACCACUGCAACUGCGACUGCCGCAUCGUCCGCCGCUUCUGGACGGAGGCGCGCCAACUCUAUCUCGCAGCGGGGUCUUAGCCCCGCUUCGCCAGCCCUGACGCCCGACGAGGAACGCGACGAGAUUCUCGCGCAUGCCUCGUCUGCCGCUCACCCACUUGGUCUCGGCGUGUCGGCCGACACGCACAUCUCGCAUGGGAUGCUGGAACGCACGAUGCCCGACGGCGAGGUCGUGCGCGUCCCCGAGGACGACGUGGCGCGGGGUAUCGAUGAGGCGAUGGUACGCCGCGUCGACGAGGAUGGCGUCACGCCCGCGCAGGCUGCCGCCGAGGUGGAGAGCCUGGGGGCAGGGAGCGAGCCCGAGGUCGUCGAGGCGUCCGAGGCGUCCGACGUCGUCGAGACUCUGACUGCGACUGUGACAACAGCGACCACGGUGGAAGUAGGAAAGGCGAGUGACGAUGUGGCGGCGGAGAUCAAGGCUGCCACCGAGUAG